UCUCCAAGUCGGCUUUUGCAGUUUUUCUGCUUUCUUCUUCGUCUUCCCAUACUCUUUCACUUUCUCUCUCUAAAUCAUUCUGCAAAAAUUCAUGCAAUCCUCGAUCUUUUUUUAAUUCAAUUAAUUUAAUUUAAUACUCCCAAUUCAUUCCCAAAUUUAUACUUUACUUUUACUUUAAUUUAAUUUGAUUUAAUUAAUUUAUUUGUCACUCCAAAUUUUCUCUCUCCUCUGUUUUUUCUCGUUGUGUUUGGUGGAGGUAAAAGAGAGGAAAUUUAUAAGAAAACCCAAUGAAGAUCAACUUAUUCGCAACUUUAUGCACCUGGAUAGUAUUUCCCGGUGUAAUUUUUCCGGUGUCGGUUUCCGGCGGUUUUCCGACAACACUGAAUCUCCACCGAGCUAUCCCUUUGAACGACCGAGUUGAAGUGAGCCAACUCAGAGCUCACGACCGUGCUCGGCACGGCCGUGCGCUGCAGUCCAUCAAUGGAGUGGUUGAUUUCCCUGUUGCCGGCACAUAUAAUCCGUACCGUGUUGGGCUAUACUAUACAAAGGUUCAACUAGGGUCUCCAGCACAAGAAUUCAAUGUGCAAAUUGAUACAGGAAGUGAUGUUUUGUGGGUUGGUUGCUCUGGAUGCACUGGUUGUCCUGGAACCACCGGGCUUCAAGACAUUCAACUUAGUGAGUUCAACCCAUCGAGCUCAUCGUCUGCAUCGGUGAUCUCUUGUUCCGAUAAACGGUGCAAGAUGGGAGCUCAAUACGCUGAUUCACUCUGUGACAACUCCAACAACUGCGCUUACCAGUUUCAGUACGGUGAUGGCAGUGGUACGCAGGGUUAUUACGUAGCUGAUCUGCUGCAUCUAGAAACUAUUGUUGGGGAUACUCAAUCUUCAAACAAUUCAGCUAAAGUCAUAUUUGGCUGUAGUAUGUCUCAAACUGGGGACUUGACCAAGACAGAGAGAGCAGUGGAUGGGAUAUUUGGUUUUGGUCAGCAGGCAUUGUCUGUUGUCACACAAUUGUCAUCGCAAGGGAUUACACCCGCAGCAUUCUCACACUGCUUGAGCGGAGAUGGUAAUGGUGGAGGAAUAAUGGUUAUUGGGAGUAUUGUGGAACCGGGCAUAGUCUACACUCCCCUUGUACCAUCAAUGCCACACUACAAUUUAUAUCUACAGAGCAUAGCUGUCAAUGGCCAAAAGCUGGCAAUUGAUUCUUCGGUGUUCACUACAUCUACCAACGCUGGUACGAUAAUUGAUUCAGGAACAACCUUGGCUUAUCUUGCUGAAGAAGCUUAUGAUCCUUUCGUUAGUGCAAUCUCAACCGUUGUUUCUCAGUCUCAGUCUGUUCGACCCUUAUUGUCUAGGGGAAACACAUGUUACUUGAUAACAUCCAGUGUGGAUGAUGUAUUCCCUCAAGUUAACUUAAAUUUUGCUGGUGGUGCGUCCAUGGUUCUCAAACCACGAGAUUAUCUGCUGGAGCAGAACUCUAUCCAGGCAGGAGCUGCAGUUUGGUGUAUGGGUUUUCAGAAGAUGGAUGGGCAGGGGUUGACAAUUUUAGGAGAUCUCGUUCUAAAAGAUAAAGUCAUUGUAUAUGACUUGGCUAAUCAACGGAUUGGAUGGGUCAAUUACGAUUGUUCUCAAUCCGUAAAUGUUUCAACAAGUACCGGCUCAAAUUCAAAUACAUAUGUGAACACAGGACAGCUGAGUAACAGCAUUUCAUCAAUGAACCCUUCUUACACAAAAAUACUAAUCGUCGUGUUGGUAAUGCUUGCCUCUCUGAUGUAUAUCUGACAUCCAAGGGAACGGUUCAGUUGAACAGGUUCUUCUACGAAUAUACUAAUCUCCAACUUCUUUUUUUUUUUCCACAUUAUAUAAGUCUUGUCAUUUUCAUUUGUAGCAAAUGGCAAGGGCUGAUUUUAGCAAAGUUAUAGUACAUUGGAUAGUUAGGUUUUCCAUUUUAUCGCCUUUUUUUUAUUUUAUUUUUAUUUUUAUUUUUAUACCUUAGAUAUUGUAGGCAGUCCAUUUCUAUGUCAUUACAUAGGAUGUGUUUAUAGGUUUGUAAAUGCUAUUAAUACGAAUAUUAGCUCAGUGAAUUUGUUAAUAACAAUAGUACUAUGUCCACAGAAUUACAAUUCUGAUGCUGCUUCAGUACUGAAUGCUUUAGUAUUACUCUGAUUUUUUCUUU